GCAUUCUUCCGAUCGUCUCCAUCCCCCUCUGCUCCUCAUCAUCUCGUCCGCGAUGCUGGCCAAAAGAAUAGGGCUAGCUCUCGCGGCCCUGAUCGUAGGCACGACCUCAUCGCUGGCGUCGUCUGCUCCGGCGUAUAGUGCGAGCGAUUUCCACGUCCACUCCAUCUCGGUCAACCACGAGCUGGGAGGCGCAACGCAUACCACAUCACAGCUCCAUCUCAUUGAGCAGCCAUCGAGCGCAGCGCAGGACAAAUACUACAUCUCUCUCUCACCGCAGGAGGCUGCCUCCCUCUCCUGGUCAGAAGUAAAUGCCAAGUUCGGCCCAGGUCUGGCUCCGGAACAGCGCACUGUCCUCUCCUUGAGGAAUGAGGGCUACUCAAUCCCCACGGGCGACUCGCCCACCCACCUCUACUCUGUCACUCUACCGCCUAAUUUCCUCACACAACCGGCAGAAAAGGAGGAGAGAGGCAUCGUUACGCCCAAUAUUACGCUUGCCAUCGACCUGGGCUUUCAUCACAUCAGUGAGGCAUUGCCCAAGGCCGUCGGGCAAAAGGAGGAUGCGUCGCUGCGCUGGACUGGAGAUGCAGUACCGCGCAGUGUGUAUGCGGUGGGCAAGGCGAGGGUCAAGGCAAAAUCCCCCUCCGCCAAGAUCCACUCGUACAGCAUGGAGCCGCCCUCCUCCGAGAUUACCAAGUCAGGCGCAACGAUCACCUUUGGUCCAUUUGAGCGCAUCAAGCCCCUGACCGUAGACUCAGCUCCUCCACCGACAGCUCAAGUACAUCACACGCACGAGCACCCCAUCGUAGCCCUCGUCUCCCUCGACAGGCACGUCGAAGUCUCCCACUGGGGUGACUCUCUCUCCUUCAAGGACAAUGUCUGGCUCCGCAACGAUGGACCGGCACUGAAGGGCCAUUUCUCUCGAGUGGACCACCAAGUGGGCACAUUCUACGGAGGGCGAGGACGCAACCUCGUACUGGACUUUGGACUGCAGCUGCCUCCCAAGGCGCGCGACGCCUACUUCGUCGACCAAAUCGGCAACGUCUCGACGAGCAACUUCCGCUCAGGCCAUCCAGCCCUAGGGAGAGAGCAGGACGUGGACACUCCUUCCCACUCGCUCCCGGCUCACAGCGCCUCGCUUCUUCAACUCCAGCCGCGCUAUCCACUGUUGGGCGGGUGGAACUACACAUUCACCAUCGGCUGGGACCUGCCCCUCGGGCCUGGCGGCUGGGGCAAGUCUCUAGGCGCAGGCAAGUACAGCGUUGCCGUUCCAUUUUGGAACGCUUUCCCCUCGAGCGGUGGUGGACCAGGAGGGAGCGUACCCGCAAAGAGGGUGGAGACGAGAAUCGUUCUACCCGAAGGCGCUGAAGUCCUCUCCGUCCACCUGCCGUUCGAGGACGACGACGCUGCAGAGGGAGCGGCGACGGUUAGGUACGAGACGCACACCACCUACCUGGAUACGGUGGGGCGGGCGAGCGUCGUGGUUAGCAAGGAGCGGGUCUCCCACAGGCAUGCGGGCAACAUCUAUGUGGUGUACAGGUUGAGCGGGUGGCAGCAUGUCAGGAAGAUUGGAGCAGUUGCCGGGGUGGCGGCAGCCUUGUUCGCGGGAACGAUGGGAGUGAGGAGGGUGGGAGGAAAGAAGGUCUAAGAGGCCCAAGUGCGCGAGAUGAGGUGAAAGACGUAGACUAGUAGUUAGACAGACGAUGCUCGUCUGAGUGAAACGAUUUUAUUGCUC